AGGUGCCGCAGGGGCCUGGGGCUGAAGAUGGUGCUUCUGCCGCCGCAGAGGCCCGGGCGGCGGCGGCGGCAAGACACCCGGAAGCCGCAGGCAGGGCAGCCUGCGCCCCCCAUCACUCCCUCCGCAGCCGCCUGUCCCAGGCCAGGGGUCCGUGACCCACCUCGGUCCCGCGGGAGCAGGCGUUUCUGAUCAGGCGCACUUCGGGCAGCCGCUCCCGGGGUCCCUUGCGGCGUCGUCCCGGGGGCCUCCGGGGACCUCGGAGCAAGAUGGCGGCGGCGGCGGGGUCCGUGAGCUGCGGGCGGCGGCGACCGCGGCGCCAGUGAGGGGGCCCGGGGGCCCGGGCGGGUCCGGGCCGGGGCCCCGGCGCGGGACGGACCAUGCUACGCUCCACCGGCUUCUUCCGGACCAUCGACUGCCCCUAUUGGGCCGGGGCGCCUGGGGGACCCUGCCGGCGGCCCUACUGCCACUUCCGACACCGCGGGGCCCGGGGUCCGGGCGCACCUGGCGAAGGCGGAGCGGCGCCCCCCGCAGCAGGGCUCGGUUAUGACCCGUACAACCCCGAGCUGCCCAAGCCCCCUGCCCAGAGGGAGAAUGGCGCCCUGGGCAGAGGUGCCGAGCCCCGCUCAGACAUCCUGGAGCUGGAGCUGGUCAACCAGGCCAUCGAGGCCGUGCGCUCUGAGGUGGAGCUGGAGCAGAGGCGCUACCGGGAGCUCCUGGAGACGGCCCGGGAGCAUGGCUCGGCCGAGGCCCCCGCCCUGGCGCCCCACGGCCCCACUGCCGGCCUGGAUGGGGACACCUUCUCUCUAUCCUUCGAAUACAACCCCGGCGGCCGUGGCCUGUUAAGCCCCGAUGCCAGCUACCAGCCCACGCCUCUGGCCAGCCCCACCGAGCCUGGCACCAAGUACUCGCUGGCCUCUCUGGACCGGGGUCAGGGCCAUGGUGGAGGGGCUGGUGGCACCCUGGAGUACGUCCCCAAGGCCGUGGGCCAGCCCCGGCGGUAUGGCCGCCCCAUCUCCAGCGGCAAGUACGUGGUGGACAACUCCAAGCCAUCUACAGACCUGGAAUACGACCCCCUGUCCAACUUCUCCGCCCGCCUGCUCAGCAGGGCCAGCACCAAGGACGACAGGGCCCCCAAGCGGCCCCGGGGCUCCCGCGGCAGUGAGCCCUACACACCUGCACCCAAGAAGCCCUGUGACCCCUUCGGCGGCUGCGACGCCAGGUUCUCAGACUCUGACGAUGAUACCGCUGCUGCUCCGGGUGACAGGCUCGCCACCGCCAGCCCCCCGAGAGCCCGAGUGGGCCCUGAGAGCAAGGCCCUGGGGAAGCCGGGCUCUAGGGAGGGCCCAGAGCCUGAGGAGGGCAGCCUUCGGGAGACCAAGGAGAUGGCCGUGCAGUACGACGUGGGGGACCUCGGUCAGCCUGCCAAGGGCCCAGGCGGGCUGCCUCCUGCCAAGCCCAGUUCCCCGGGCAGGGCCUCGCAGGAGCGCAGCAGCCCCAAGGAGGGGAGACCCAAGAAGAAGAAAAGCGGGGGGCCGCCGGCCGCCGGCCGCAAGGAUGGUGUCGGGAAGACAGGCAGGGGUCAAGAUGGAGAGCAUGGGAGGCCAGCCGAGAAGCCCUGUGUGGACAGGAGGGGCCCGCGGGCCGGCAGCCCCCGGUACAGGGCGGAGCGGCCCCAAGGGACCAAGAAGAAGCCAUCUUCAGCCACUCCGGUGGCCAGCUCAGGGAAAGGCCGGCCCGAGGGGCCGGGAUCGCGGCCCAGCCCCGCACAAGGGGCUGCCCACCAGCUGCCAGACAGGACGGGCAGGAAGACCCCGUCAGGGAAGCUGGCACAGCGGAAGGCCCGCUCGCUGGAUGAGGGUGCCCCCCGGGGUGCCCCCAAGCUGCCGAGGCGGGCCCUGAGCCACGCCGAGCUCUUCGGGGAUGAGAGCGAGGACGAGGACCCGGGGCCCGAGGCGCCCACCCCGCGGCCGCCCGCCCUCCCCAGCCUCAGCUGCAGCUCCGAUUCCGACUCGGACUCCAGCCUGGGCCUCUGUGGCACGCAGGGGCCGCCCAAACGCCUCAAGGCCUCCCCACCCCCGUCGGCCAGCCGGUCCUCCCCUCCCCGCCCCUCCUCCUCCUCCUCGGGGGCGGGCUCCGACGUGGACUACUCGGCCCUGGAGAAGGAGGUCGACUUUGACUCCGACCCCAUGGAGGAGUGCCUGCGCAUUUUCAACGAGUCCACCGCUGUCAAGACGGAAGACAAGGGCCGCCUGGCCCGGCAGCCCCCCAAGGAGGAGAAGACCGAGGAACAGGGGCACUCGGGGCUGACCACUCUGUUUCCUGGGCAGAAGAGGAGGAUCUCUCACCUCUCCAAGCAAGGCAAGGAGGCGGAACCCACAAGCAGAGGCCCAGCGCCUCCUACCCGUCCCCCGACUGCCCAGGAGGUGUGCUACCGCCGGGCCCAGCAGGCACAGAGGGAGUCAGCCAGCCGGCUCCAGGCUGCCCAGCCGCUGGCCGAGAAGCAGUCCUCCAUGCACAUCUCAGCCCCCGGAGAGAAGAGGAGGAUUGCCCACGUCCCCAACCCCCUCCUGGCUGCAGCCCCUACAGGUGCCAAGAGGACCCUCUCGGCCGGCAGCAGCCAGCCCCCCAAUGGCCCCGAGCCGGGCAGCCAGCCCCUGAAGACGCGUACGUUGUCGGGCAUGGCGUCCAAGACUACCGCCACCGUGGCCCCCAAGCGUGUGGCGCACAGUCCAUCCUUACAGAGUUUAAAGAAGCCCGUUAUCCCAAAAGAGUUCGGGGGCAAAGUUCCCACUGUCAUCCGCCAGCGCUAUCUCAACCUGUUCAUUGAAGAGUGCCUCAAGUUUUGCUCUUCUAACCAGGAAGCCAUAGAGAAGGCGCUCAACGAGGAGAAGGUGGCCUACGACCGGAGCCCCAGCAAGAACAUCUACCUGAACGUGGCCGUGAACACCCUCAAGAAGCUGCGCGGCCUGGGCCCUGGCACCGGGCCUGGUCUCAACAAACCCAGCGGCCGGAGGGUGGUGUCCCAUGAAGUGGUGCUGGGGGGCAAGUUGGCUGCCAAGACCAGCUUUUCGCUCAGCCGUCCCAGCAGCCCCCGCGUGGAGGAUCUGAAAGGGGCCACCCUGUACAGCCGCCUCAAGGAGUACCUGCUCACCGAGGCCCAGCUCAAGGAGAACGGCUACCCCUUCCCGCACCCCGAGAAGCCAGGGGGCGCUGUCAUCUUCACGGCCGAGGAGAAGAAGCCCAAGGACUCCGCCUGCAGGGUCUGCUGCCGCUGCGGCGCCGAGUACCUCGUGUCCUCCUCCGGCCGCUGCGUGCGCGAUGAGGAGUGUUACUACCACUGGGGGCGGCUCCGCCGGAACCGAGUGGCAGGGGGCUGGGAGACUCAGUACACAUGCUGCUCGGCCGCCAUCGGCUCCACCGGCUGUCAGGUCGCCAAGCAACACGUGCAGGACGGCCGGAAGGAAAACCUCGAAGGGUUUGUGAAGACCUUUGAGAAAGAACUUUCAGGAGAUGCACACCCAGGAGUCUACGCCCUCGACUGUGAAAUGUCUUACACCACGUAUGGCCUGGAGCUGACGCGCGUCACGGUGGUGGACACAGAGCUCCAGGUUGUGUAUGAUACCUUCGUCAGGCCGGACAAUGAGAUCGUCGACUAUAACACUAGGUUUUCAGGGGUGACUGAGGCCGACCUCACGGACACGAGCAUCUCGCUGCGGGACGUCCAGGCCGUCUUGCUGAGCAUGUUCAGUUCAGACACCAUCCUCAUCGGCCACAGCCUGGAGAGCGACCUGCUGGCCUUGAAGGUCAUCCAUAGCACCGUGGUGGACACGUCCGUGUUAUUCCCGCAUCGCCUGGGCCUCCCCUACAAGCGCUCCCUGCGGAAUCUCAUGGCCGACUACCUCAGACAGAUCAUCCAGGACAAUGUGGACGGGCACAGCUCCAGUGAGGACGCCAGCGCCUGCAUGCACCUGGUGAUCUGGAAGAUCCGCGAAGACGCCAAGACCAAGCGGUGACCGCCGCCUGCCCGCCCGCCCACCCGCCCGCCUCUCCUGCCGCCCCGGCCCGUUCUCUACCCCAGGCCUCUUCCAAAACAGUGCAAUAAAUCUUGAGAUCUAACCCUGUCCACAUCGCCAAGACACAGAAAACCGAGAGAACGGGACAAGGCGGAGACCACGAGAGCCCAACGCCGAGACUGACCCCGGAGCCCCGAGCCCCCGCCGCACCCCGUCGCCCAUCCCUGUCUCUCUGCCCCAGACCUCUGUCCUCUGGAGACUGCUGCUGACUCGACGGGCGAGGCCAGGGCCCUCCCGCCCGGCACCUCCAGCGGGCCCUGCUCGUGCCACAGGCAGCGAGACCACCUGCCCCUGCUCCUUCUCGUGGGCGGGGGGGGCGGCUGGGCAGGCUUGUCGAGGGUUUGUUUGUGACAGGAGUUGUCUUUUUAUUUUGUAUUGUUAUUUUUAUUAUUUGUAAUUUAAACCUGAUAACUUGCACAGUUGUCUUCCCCCACCUGGAGGAGCAAGGCCCUGGUGCUGCCUUCCCUCCCGGGGGACGGGGGUAGGGCUGGGAGUGGAGCACCGGCACCCCGGCAGCCGCCAGGACCUGGGAGUUCUGGGAACCAAGCCAGCCCCUCCAUCAGCCCCCAGGGCCUUGCCUUCUGGACACCCCAGGGCCCAUCAGCCUCUGGACACUUGUCUUCCCGCCAGAGCCCCGCCCUCCUCGGGGGGCUGUCUGUAAAGGCCCGCAGUGCCCCAGUUCCUGCAUCCCCUCUCCCCCACCCCCAGGCAGGGGCAGAAUAAACGUUUGUAUGGAUUUUA